AUGAAGGUAGAACGGGAAGUGCAGCAAGCUGAGCCGCCAGCGGAGGUGAGCAGCGUCGUAGCCGGGCUGACUCCACGAGAGCCAGGGCCAAAAGGGGGCGACGCAGAGGACGAGAGGGAGAGCUCCGGACAGAAAAACCAACCACCCACCCACACCCCGCUCUGCAGCAAGGCCAACCCGCGAACCGAGACCACGCGAAAACGGGAAACAAAGAGCAGCACUCACCGAAACCACGCCACUGCCCGACAUGCAACCAUGAAUCCCCAAGAUUGA